AUGGAAGAAGCUAACAUCAAAUUAAUAAGCAAAUAUGUUCAGUUAAAUUCUCUUAACGAUAUUAGAACGCUUUGUAGAAGUCAAAUUCCAUCUUCUCUAAGAAGUUCUAUUUAUAAAUUAUUUCUUCAACCAAAACGACUAGUCAAAGAAAUAAAAAGUUCUGAACAUCAUGUAGAAGAAAUUAAAACUCUUGUACAAGUAAAAGGUGAAAUAAUUUGGCCUAUUGUUGAUACAAUUAUCACACGAUAUACUAUCGCUCCUACUUCCAAAAAUUUAGAUAAUUUAUAUAGAGUCACAUCAACACUUUAUUCUCUUAACUCUUUUGAGUUAACCACAGAAAAUUCUCAAGAACAAAUUCAAUUAGCAAACUUAUCAAUAGCAUUUUUUGAAAGGUUUCAUAGGUAUUUCUUAACACAUUACCCAUCAAUACAAACUGCUUUAAAUACUAUUUUCCUUCAAUUGUUACUAUUUCAUUGUCCUUCAUUGGCAAUAAAACUAGAGUCAAAAAGAAUUAAUAUAUCUAACAUAACAUCUCCAUUUAUAUAUAACUUGUUUAUUUCCUUGUUUAAUGACUUAAAUACUCUUUGGAAAUUGUGGGAUUACCUGUUGUUAUCAGAAGAUCCUUGUUUCUUUGUUUUUAUACUAACCGCUUUAUUUUUGUUAAAAGAACCGACAUUAGGUGAUUCAACUGAAGAUAUUCUUCAAGAACUUCAAAAACCUCUUUCCCUCUCAGAAGUUGAUUUUCUUUGCUCAACAGCAUCAUUUAUUAGAAGUCAUACUCCUCUCACAGUGUUCAGAUAUAUUAGUGGUAGUAUUUCUUUUUCUUACAAUUUCCAACGUAUUUACUCUAAAAUAUUAAAAAACUCAAAUGUCUUUGAAGUUACUGCAACUGAUAUUAUUAAAGAUAUGACUACUAGACAUCAACUCAUUCAUUUUGUUGAUUGCAGAGAUGAUGAAGAUUUUGAAAGAUGUAGUAUAUUAGGAUCACAACACAUUACUCUUCCAGUAACAUCAGAGACAAUAACAGAUAUCACAAAAGAGUUUAAACCAAACCAUAUCAUAGUCCUAUUUGGGUCUCAACAUAAAGGUCAUCUUCCAACAAAGGAUAUGAUUGGUUCUGCUGCAUUAGCCUUCCUGAAAAUAGGAGUAGAAAAGGUUUGCAUCAUGGAAAGUGGAUUUGAGGGUUAUCAUGAGUGUGCAAUGAAUAAAGUCCAAGGUGCUAAAUUAGAAAGACAUAACAUCGCUCUUUGUUAUGUUUGUAAUCCUCAAAUAAAAAAAAUGGAAAAAAUUGCUUCUGUUGUAGAAGAAAAUGCAAAAAAAGCAAAGGAAACUGUACAAGAAAAAAGUUCUUCAUGGUGGGGAUAUAUUAGUCAAACAGUUAGUGAUGCAGCAAAGAAGUAUGAACAAAAUUCAAUAAAAGCAAUGGAAGAUGCAAAAAGGGUACGUGAAGAGGAAAGAAAGAAACAAAAAGAAGAACAAAACAAAAGAGAAAAAGAGCAAAAAGAAGAGAAAAUUAAAGAAGAAAAAAAAGAAGAACCUAAUGAACAAAAACAAACAAAAGAUUUCCCAAAGAAAACUGACCAAAAAGAAGAAACAUCACCAAUAAAAAAAGAAGACAAAAAAAUGGAGCUUUUCGAAAUUGUUGAAGAAGAAGAUGAUGAUGAAAAGGACACAAAUAACACUGACUAUUUUAAUGACGUUAUGAAAGAAAAUCCUACAUAUCAAGCAUUGUUAGAAAUAAAAGGAGAACAGGAUACGAAAAGUAUUCUUGUAGUAUUAACUUCUAUUGAACUACUCAUUCUUGAAAAGUCAGAAAACGAAGUAUUUAUGGUACAAGAGAUAUUGUAUGAUGAUAUAAAGAAAGUAAUUACUAAAAGGUCAACGCCUGAAAAUAUCACAAUCAAAACACAAGACGAAGAACUCAUUAUGAAAAUAACAGACAACCACCAACAAUUCAUCAAAGACCUUACUGAACGUACAAAGAAGUGA